UUUACAAACACUACCGCUAAGUUAGUAGAAGCAGUAAAAUCUUUUUUUCCCCUUAACUAACCUGCUGGAAUGGCGUCCAAAGUUUCCCAACACUACGGCAACGUCAACUGGUAGUAAAUUCGUCAAACGUGAAGUGGCAACUCGGCAAUUUCAGAACAAAACACAGUCCGGCAUCGGUUUGUUUGUAGUGGGAGUUAACGUUAGCAGAUGGCUAGUUAGCCAGUUAGCAGAGGGGAGGUAACGUUACCUUGUCAACUAUAGCGUCAACUGAAACUGCUGUGCCCUCUGAAGGCAACACAAGCCGUACAGUUUCUGUCUACGACCAGCGCUGGAUAACCAACGGCAAUGUCGCUGUCGCCUCACUUUGGGCUGAGCCAAAGCAGCAGAGGUAAAGGAGACACUAUUUGUGUGGUGCCCGGCUUCUCCUCUGACCUGGAGGAUGACUUUGACCUGAAUAAGUCUUAUCCAUGCACCCAAAGACCGAUGUACAAGAGGAGCCUUUGUGCAGUGCAACGUCUUUAUUAUACUGGUGGUGCCUUGAAAGGUAAAAGUUUGGAUGCCUGCACAUCUGUUGCAGAGAGAAACCUCCAGAUCUCUAGCUUACAUCCUGGCUCCCAUGUUUCUGUUGCCUCUCUGCCACACCCGUCCACUAUCUCAGAGACAGAGGAAAGCUUGUUCAGUCAGCUGUUCUCCGGAGAUUUUAGCCUGUCGGGAUCUCCAUCUGCCCUCAACCCAAACAAAGUCAUUCUCACAGUCGACCAUAAAACCAGAGAGAUUUUGUCUGCAAAUGAACAGGCUUGCAAACUGUUUGAGUGCACCACAGAUGAGCUGAUUGGAAAAAAGCUGCCCUGUAUGUUGAAGAAAACCAGUCAGGUCCUGGAAGAGGCAAUGGAAGAAGAUUUUCCGCUAGCAGAUGGAACUGUUGAGACUGUGUCUGGAAAAGUGGUGGAUGUUGUGACGUUAUCUGGAGAGGUGUCUGUGUCAGUGUGUACCCACAGACAGCCACAAAAUGAAGAGCACUGGCUUUUCAUGAUGGAAAAUGUGGAAAGGGUAUCCGCCUUUCUGUCCUUUUCACAAGAUGGCAGUAUCCUAACCUGUGACUUGGCAUUUGCCCAUCUUCAUGGAUACCACCAUCCCGACGAGUUAAAAAGGUUGUCUGUGAAGGAGCUAAUCCCUUCUCUACAAAUCCCCCUGCACAGUAAUGCGUUGCCAAAAAUGCUGAGAGUUCAGAGAGUAUGUGGUAAAACAACAGGGGGUGCAUCGGUCCCACUGUGUGUCAAACUUCAAGGGGCAGUGGUAUGUGGGAGGACCCGACACCAAAACAAUGGGGCCAGUUACACCUGCCCAGCAGAGAGUCAUGAAAGAUCAGGUACACAGGAGAAUCAGCCACGCCCUCCUCUCGUCUCCUCUGUGUGCAAGUCAGAGGGAUCAAACCCUGAAGAGACAGCCUCUGAAACAAAAGCGGAUGAAAUCAUCCUGUCCCCCAGCCCUGUGCUGGAGUACUCUGGAACCGUUUGGGCGUUUGCGCCUCUGAGCGGUCUCCUCCUGCUCCGCCCUGAUGGCUCAAUCCACAGCAUCCACAACCACCUGGCUCUCAGUCUGUUUGGCUACGACAAGGACGAGCUGCUGAGAAAGAGUGUCACUUUUCUGAUGCCUGGUUUUUAUGGAUGGAUGUCUGAGUCAGACAGAAAGGCCAGCAGCCCCUUCUCUGAUUCUCAAGCAGAGGCUAAUAAAAGUACAGCCUCGUCCAAAAUAUCAGAGAAAUAUGACCCUUCCUCACUGGUGGCUGGAGAUAUGGCCAUGGUCCAUCAGGCUGUCCUGGGGAGAACCUCCACAGGCAGAGGCAGGAUCUUCACUGGAACCAGCACCAGGCUGGACAAACAGUGCAGCACUUUGUCCACCCUUUCUCCUCCUGCUGUCACCUCCACACGAGUGCUUACGACUGAUGACACUAUAGAGCUGAUGGAGCAGGCAGCCCAGGUUGCUCCCUGUGUAAGUCAGCUAGACAGCGCUGAUACCACUCAGGCCCUCCUCAAGACUUUUGCUUGGGUGGAACCUCCAGAAGAAGAGACGUACUGCCUGGUUCCCGAUGAACCAUCACACCACAACCAGGAACAGCAGCUCGGCAGCAAAGUUCAUAAAAACAAUCAACCUACUAUCAAGAUUAUCCCAGACACUCCCAGUCAGAAUGGACAUGAUGUUGGCAGAGUGGGUGACACGUCUCCAGAUGUCGGCAACGAUCACCGCUCGCCCUCUGUACUCCAAGAGUCCAGCUUUGAGGUCAUCUCACUGGAGAGCAGGUCUUCCUCCGGCUUCUGUGAAAACUUUGCCGGCCAUUGUGGUUCUGAGCCGGGGCAGGCAGAGGACUCUCGUUCAGCACACAUAGUGGACUCAGCCAGCUGUUUCCUGGACCUUAACAGCAAUGGUGACCUGGUGACCCGGGCACUGGCCGAGCUAGAUCUGAGCGGUAGUACAGAGCUUGUCAGCGGCAGAGGGUACAAUGGUGAUAACCAGCGCUCCAUGACAUCCUGUGAUACAGCUGAGCUCCUGCGUACACCCUCUACAUGUAUGAUAGAGUCUGACCACGAGGCAGAGCGCGUUAAGACCGGAAACCCUGGUGCUGAGGCCAGAAACAGCUCAAGUGAAGUAGAAAAAGAUGAAGGCGAGCAGGAUCAGUGGGCCGCGCUCUCUUCUAUUCAUAAAGACAAGAGCCAAGAGUUCUGCGUGCAGAUGACCAACGGGGUUCAGUCAGACGUUCCCUCCACAUCCACUCCAAAGAAGCAGAAGGUGAAUGGACAUGCCCCGCCCUCAGACGCUACGCAGAUACUGGAGGGGCGAUAUGAAGGAAGUGCCUAUCACAGAGACGGAACAAGAUUAGAUGUGCAGUGUGAUGUGUGCAGGACAAAACUCCCUGAUGGGAGCUCCAUGAUCUGCGUGUGGGUGAGUCGACCUGGCCAGCAGGGGUCGCUGAUGCAAACAGAUCGAUCACUCCACAACCAAUCAGGAGUGAGUCUAGGAGAGAGGAUUAGUGAGGCGAGUCAUGGCGAGGCAUUACGCUCCACCAUGGACCUAGAGCAGUCUCGAGCCUGUGAUGGACAGUUUGAGGAAGAGUACCAGCCUCUUAAAGCCGUGGGUAAAGGCGCCUUUGGUUUUGUCUGGAAGGCAAUAAGGCGCUGUGAUGGAGUAGAAGUGAUAGUGAAGUUUAUCAGCAAGGCCAGGAUAGUCAGUGACUGUUGGGUAGAUGAUCCCAUGCUGGGACGAGUCAGCCAAGAGAUUGCUAUACUGACACGAGUACAGCACCACAACAUAGUCAAGGUGCUGGAGGUGUUUGAAAAUGGGAGUUACUUCCAGAUGGUGAUGGAGAAACAUGGAGAUGGCCUGGACCUUUUUGAGUUUAUAGACAUGCAGCCAAGACUGGAUGAGCCCCUGGCCAGCUACAUCUUCAGACAACUGGUGGCUGCUGUCUUCUAUCUGAGGACUAAGAACAUCCUUCACAGGGACAUAAAAGAUGAGAACAUCAUCAUCGAUAAGUGUUUCCACAUUCGACUGAUAGACUUCGGCUCUGCUGCCAUGAUGGCGCCCAGGAAGCUUUUUUACAAUUUCUGUGGCACAUUGGAGUACUGCUCCCCGGAGGUGCUUCAGGGAAAUCCUUAUGAGGGUCCAGAGCUGGAGAUGUGGUCUCUGGGUGUGUUGCUCUACACUCUGCUGUUCAGUGAAAACCCUUUCUGUGGUGUUGAAGAGAUCCUGGAGGCCAAACUAAAGCCCCCGUUCCCCCUCACUCCAGACCUACAUGGUGUGUUAUGCAGGCUGCUACACCGUGAUCCAGCUCAGAGAAUGACUCUGGACCAGCUGCUGCUGCAGUCCUGGAUCAGCCAGCCCAUUUCCCUGGCAGAGUACAGCUGGACAGAGGUGGUCCCUGCAACUCAGAGCAACUGCUCACCACAGCACCAGGAGUCCAGUUCUCAAAUGUAUGUCAGACAAAGUUUGUUCCCAGAUCAAUACGAUGAGACUCUUCCUGAUGAUGAGGAGGAGGAAGAGGAGGAGGAUGAGGAUGACAGGUUGUCAAUGGCAGCCCUGGAAACAGAGCUUCAGAAGUACCUCCAUGAGGAUUAAAGGCUGAAUUUAAAGGGAGUUCAACCACCUUCCGACAUUUAGACAUGAAGGUCAAAAUAAGAAAAGGGAAGCCAGUCUUUAUUCAAGAAACUACCAUGUAGGCACCAGUCUUUUAGAGACAAAUAGACAAUGAAGUAUAAACAGUUUGCUACCAAGUGAAGUGAAGAUCGUUAUUCAGCUUUUUUUAGCCAAAAUGUGCUUGUUUCACAUAUUUGUGAUUGCAGAUAGCAACACCGAGGAACACAUGUAUCAUGGUGUGGCUUUUUUUACUUUAAUGUAAUCUUUCAUAUUUAUUCUUUGAAGCCUUAAAAUCAUAGUUUUCGCAGAGAUCCAGCUUUACCACCAAAACCCAAAGUGACCACAGCCUUGAUGUUGUUUUACCUCAGAUAAACCGUACCGAGAACUUGAUUAAAGUGGAAGUGAAUUGUUUUAUUCAUGCUGCUUUUGUUAAGUGACUGUUUGAUUCUCAUGAUUUUAAUCUUGACUGUUUUAAUUAAACAUUGUAAGUAUAUUUACAAUAUAUUAUCUAUUUAUUUUUUGUAGAUUAAUAAAUAUUGACAACAAAUGUGUUCCUUUUUAUGUAACUGAGGAAUGGCCUGUUGAUCAGAACUGCAGAUUGUUUUUGU